UCCCGUUGCAACGGAUUAAAAUGAGUCCCUGUUUUGCAGGCUGCAAAUCAAAAUCCGGGGCGCCCGAAAAGGAUUUAGGUACUAAAAUAGCAAUCAAGUCAUGUCGCCUGGAGCUAAGUGUGAAAAACAAAGAUCGAUGGUGCCAUGAAAUCCAGAUAAUGAAGAAGCUGAACCAUCCUAAUAUUGUAAAAGCUUAUGAAGUGCCUGAGGAGAUGAAUUUUCUUGUUAAUGAUGUUCCGCUGUUGGCAAUGGAAUAUUGUUCCAGAGGAGAUCUGAGGAAGCUGUUGAACUUACCUGAAAAUUGCUGCGGUCUUAAGGAGAGCCAAAUACUUUCCCUUCUUAGUGACAUUGGGUCUGGUAUCCAGUAUUUACAUGAAAACAGAAUCAUACAUAGAGACUUAAAACCUGAAAAUAUUGUUCUUCAGGAUGAAGGUGGGAAGAUAGUUCACAAAAUAAUAGAUCUGGGAUAUGCCAAGGACUUGGAUCAAGGAAGCUUAUGUACAUCUUUUGUUGGAACCUUACAGUAUCUGGCACCAGAACUCUUUGAUAAUAAACCCUAUACAACUUCUGUAGACUUUUGGAGCUUUGGAACGGUGGUCUUCGAGUGCAUUACAGGAUUUAGACCAUUUUUACAUAAUCAACAGCCUUUUACCUGGCAUGAGAAAAUCAAGAAGAAGGAUCCAAAAUGUAUAUUUGCAUGGGAAGAGAUGACUGGGGAAGUUAGAUUUAGUACACAUUUGCCAAUUCCCAACAGCCUUUGCAGUAUAAUUGUAGAAAUGAUGGAGAGUUGGCUACAACUGAUGCUAAACUGGGAUCCACAACAAAGAGGGGGCGGUAUAGACCCAGAAACUGGCAGGUUCAGGUGCUUCCAGUUAAUGGAUCAAAUCUUGGGCUUGAAGAUAGUUCACAUCUUAAAUAUGACUUCUGCCAACAUCUUGUCUUGUUCAUUGCAUCCUGAGGAAAGUCUCCAUUCACUUCAGUCUCGUAUUGAAUCUGAGACUGGAAUAAGCACAGGAAACCAAGAGCUCCUCCUUGAGAUGGGAAUCUGCCUAGACCCACGGAAGCCGGCCUCUCAGUGUGUUAUUGAUGGCGUAAGAGGCUGGGAUAGCUACAUGGUUUACUUAUUUGAUAAAAGCAAAACUAUAUAUGAAGGUCCUUUUUCUUCUAGGAGUCUAUCUGAGUGUGUAAAUUAUAUUGUGCAGGACAGCAAAGCCCAGUUUCCCAUAGUACAGCUUCGUAAGAUAUGGGCUGAGGCUGUGCAUUAUGUCAUUGGAUUAAAAGAAGAUUACAGCCGGCUGUUUCAGGGCCAGAGAGCUGCAAUGUUGAGUCUUCUUAGGUACAACGCCAAUUUAACAAAAAUGAAAAACAACAUGGUAUCAGCAUCGCAGCAACUGAAAGCAAAACUUCAGUUCUUUCAACAGAGCAUCCACCUUGACUUGGAAAAGUAUAGUGACCAGAUGACAUAUGGGAUAUCCUCAGAGAAAAUGCUGAAAGCCUGGAAGGAGAUGGAGGAAAAAGCCUUACAGUGUGAACAGGCUGCAGAUAUUGGCUACCUAGAUGAACAGAUCAUGGCUUUGCACACAGAGAUUGUAGAACUACAGAGGAGCCCCCAUGCACGACGUCAAGGCGAUCUCAUGGAGAAUCUCGAACAAAGAGCUAUAGAACUCUAUAAACAACUAAAACGAAGACCUCCAGAUCAUUCCUACAGUGACAGUGCAGAGAUGGUGAAGAUCAUUGUCCAGACAGUUCAGAGUCAGGACUGGGUGCUCAAAGAACUCUUCAGACAUCUUAGCAAACUCUUGGGUUGUAAACAGAAGAUUAUUGAUUUGCUUCCAAAAAUUGAAGUGGCUCUGAAUAACAUCAAAGAGGCUGACAACUCAGUAAUGCAAAUGCAAGCAAAAAGGCAGAGAGAAAUCUGGCAUUUGCUGAAAAUCGCUUGUACUCAGAGUUCUACUAAAUCUCCUGUUAGUUCCAGUGAAGGCACAAUUACAUCAUCCAUGCCUGCGUGGCUUUUGCAGUCCUCAACAGGGAAUGUUCUUCAGGCUCUUUCUUCCGUGGAAGCCUCUAGAAAUGUGAUGUCUUUUGCACAUUUAAUAGAAGAAAAUCUAAACUACCUCGACAACUUUAGUACUGUCAUACAAGAAGCAAAACAUGACCAGAAUAGUAGUAUGAUGAGUUAUGAUUGGAGUUGGCUCAAUUAGGUGAAUAUGAACAUUUGAACAUAAGAAGCUGUACACAAAUGACCAUCACCUUCUAAUGAUACUGCCAUUGCUUAUGAAUCUUGCUAUAUUAUGUGAGGGUAUGUUUUAAACAACAGCUAAAAUCGUUCUUCCAUACCUAGCAUAUCAGACAGAAAAGCAAAACCCAAGAUGCUUAAGAAUCAUA